GAGCACAGGCUGUGGGAGCAGGAAGCUGCCACAGGCAGGGCCUGGGGCUGGCCCAGGCUUGCAGACCCCAAGCCCUUGCAGAAUAACCCUUGAAAGAAAGGGGACCUUUAUGCCUUUUUAAGCGAAGCACACAUUUUGCAAGGCUGUGGAAACAAAGAGAACAGCGUGCAGCCCUAGUCCAGACGCCCAAAUAAACAAUUCUCUGCAGCCCCUUCAAGGAUUACGUGAUGACUUUUGCCCUCUACCUGAGGUCCUGCCUUCCCUCUGCCAGAAGGUGUAUGAUUCUACAAAAGAAAUCAAACAUCAGAAACACAUCCAGCAUGCCUGGGGGGCUCUGGCCAGCCAGCAUGGUGGUCCUGCCAAACUCCCUCGCUCCAGCCUUUGAAAGGUUCUGCCAGGCCAACUCUGGUCCUCUGCCCCUGCUGGGCCAAAGCAAGCCAGAAAAGUGGAUAUCACCUGCCCAAAAUGCUGUCUCAGACACCAGAAUCAGCUGUCCUCAGUUCCAGAAAUAUGAGUUCGGUACCUGCACAGGCAGCCUGACUUCCCUGGCAGAGCACUCGGAGCAGCUGAAGGACAUGGUGGCCUUCCUCCUGGACUGCAGCUUCUCCCUGGAAGGGACUAUGGAGAAGGUGGGGCUCCCUGGAAGAGAUCCAGCAGGUCCUGGCCACAUAGGUGCAUAUAAGACAACAGUGCCUUGUGUCACCCAUGCUGGCUUCUCCUGCCCUCUGGUGGUCACAGUGAGGGCAGUUCCUGAGGACAAGCUGGGGAAGUUGGUGCAGGCCAGUUGCUCCCUUGGAGGUGAGCGAGGACAGCCUAUUCACAUCGGUGACCCAGGACUGUUGGGAAUCAAAGAACUUUCCAAACCUGACUACGGGGAUCCUGUGGUGUGUCAGCCAGGGGACGUCCCUGUGUUCUGGCCUUCUCAGCUGACCAGUAUUGGAGCAGUCAGCAGCUGCAAGGCCCCACUGGCUUUUGUCAGUACGCCAGGUUGCACCGUUAUGACUGACCUGAGGGAUACAAAGGCUCCGUCCAGUGUUCUCACCCCUGAGAGAAUUCCAGAAGUCCAUCACAUUUCCCAGGAUCCUUUGCACUACAGCAUCGCUUCAGCUUCGGCUGUUCAGAAGGUUAGAGAACUGGAAACCAUAAUCGGCAUAGACCCAGGGAACCGGGGGAUUGGACACCUGCUCUGUAACGAUGAGCUUCUGAAAGCCUCUCUGUCGCUGUCCCAUGCCCACUCAGUGCUCAUCACCACCGGGUUCCCUACCCACUUCAAUCACCAGCCUCCGGAAGAGACAGAUGGCCCACCAGGAGCCAUUGCUCUGGCUGCCUUUCUGCAAGCCUUAGAGAAGGAGGUCUCCAUGGUAGUUGACCAGAGGGCCUUGGACUUGCACCAGAAGCUCAUUGAAGAUGCUAUUGAGCAAGGUGUUCUGAAGACACAGGUCCCAUUAUUAACUUACAAAGGUGGAUCAGUGGAAGUUGCUCAGGAGUUUCUCUGCAAAGAUGGGGACCCCAAGUCACCUAGAUUUGACCACCUGGUGGCCAUAGAGCGUGCCGGCAGAGCUGCUGAUGGCAAUUACUACAACGCCAGAAAGAUGAACAUCAAGCACUUGGUGGACCCCAUUGACGAUCUUUUUCUUGCUGCCAAGAAGAUUCCUGGAAUCUCAUCAACUGGAGUAGGUGAUGGAGGCAAUGAGCUUGGGAUGGGCAAAGUCAAGGAGGCUGUGAAGAAGCAUAUACGGAAUGGGGAUGUCAUCGCUUGUGAUGUGGCAGCUGACUUUGCUGUCAUUGCUGGUGUUUCUAACUGGGGAGGCUAUGCCUUGGCCUGUGCACUGUACAUCCUGAAUUCAUGUGAGGUCCACAGACGCUACCUAAGGAAGGCAAUUGGAUCCUCUGGAGCACCUCAGGGUCAGAGCUGGAUUCAAGCCCUCCCAUCAGUCACUAAGGAAGAAAAAAUGUUGAGCAUCCUGGUGCAUCACAAAGUGCGGAGUGGCGUCUCGGGCGUCGUGGGCAUGGAGGUGGACGGGCUGCCCUUCCACAGCACCCACGCUGAGAUGAUCCAGAGGCUGGUGGAUGUCACUGCAGUGUGAGGGUGACUGUCCAUGUUGUGUGUCUAAGCCUGCAUUUAGGGAGGUGUUCCCUGCGGGCUCCCAGCUUCUCCCCACGAACAGUCUUACAAGUGAACACUGGCCUUAGAUGAGCAAUGAACUCCCCCCGGGUGGCCUGGGAAACGGUGUGCCUCUUCCUAGGAGGGUUAGCACAUGACGUGGACCAAGGACAUUUCUCUGGGGCUUUUUUGCUUCUGUCCUUUAGGUGCUAGAGGCCUUGAUUUCAUUCUGCCUUCAACCUGGCUUCUUCAGGCCACCCAUGUGGUGUGCUCUGAGAAUCUCUUGACAAUCACUCAUGGGACACCCAUGAGCAUUUGACUGCCAGGCAGAGCACAGGAGUCAAUGUUACCAAGGCCCCCCGCCUACAGCAGUUUCCCCUCCCUCCUUAUCUGCAGUUUCGGUUACCUAUGGUCAACCACAGUCUGAAUAUAUUAAAUGGAAAAAUACAGAAAUAAACAACUCCUAAGUUUUAAACUGCA